CCGACCAGGGUCACGCCGAGGGCACACGUGGGGCUUCUGGAGGGCCUCCCUGGGGGCGCAGGGACCAGCCCCUUCCCCCUCUCCCUCAGUCCUGCUUUGGCCUCCAGACCCACUGUGUGACCUGACAUCCUUGGGGUGAUCCGUUCAAAGACAGAAAGGAAAGAGAGGGAAAGCAAUAGUGCUGAGCCCCUCCCAGCUGCCAGGCCUGGGGAUUGUGACCUCUCUCUCAGGUCCCCUCUUGUAACCGAACACAAGUUCCAGGGGGUCCUACCCACAGUGAGGCCAAACAAAAUGAAGUUUAAACUUGGCGCAAAGAAAAUGUUGAUUGCAGGACCAAGAAAGGAGAGGGGCUGGCUUGUGCUCAGAAACCUCCAAACUCCCCGUUGUUUUGGGAAGGAGAAGUUUUUUUGGUUUGUUUUUCUCUGUUUGUUCAUUUCUGGCGGUCCUGCAGCAUGUGGAAAUCCUGGGUCAGGGAUCAGAACCGAGCCAUAGCUGUGACCUAUGCCACGGCUGAAGCAAGCCUGGAUCCUUAACCCACUGAGCCGGGUCAGGGGUUGCACCUGCGUUCCAGCACAGCAGAGACGCCACCAACCCCCUUGCAUCGCGGUGGAAACUCUAGGGGGGAACGUUUUUAUAGGCAAAAUUUGGGGUACAACCACUUUGGCCAGGGGCCAUGUGAACAAGGAAGACCAGCAGGACACGGACCCCUGGAGAACUGCCUGCAGCCCCUUGGACUCCUCCAAGUUCAAGUACCAGGUCCCAGUCUCCCAGCAGCCAUCCCUGUACCGGGGAGACAGCCCCCGAGGCAGCUCCCUGGGGCAGGCCUCCCUGGAGGAGAUCCGGCCUCCGCCCCCAUCCACCAUCAGCGGGGCCUCCCCCUGCAGGGACUCACAGCUGGGGUCCCUGAAGAAUGGGAGCUACAGACCCUCCUCGAGGGAGAGCAGGGCUUCCUCCCGAGUGGGGGCUCAGCUGUGCCAGGGGCUGGAGGAAGACCCCAGAUCAGGGGCCCAGGGCCAGAGGAGCAGCAGCAUCCCCAACAACAUUCGCCACAAGUUUGGGAGCAACGUGGUGGAUCAGCUGGUCUCCGAGGAGCAGGUUCAAAGGGCCCUUGGUGAAGCCCGGGAGGGCCCAAAGAGGGCAAGCUCCUGGCCCAGCCGGAUCCAGAGUCCUGCCGACGUCACCUCCAUCUUUUCCGACUACUAUGAUCUGGGCUACCACAUGCGGUCAAACUUCUUUCAAGGGGCCCCUCAGGAGACGAAGAGCCUCAUGAAGGCCUCCUACACCCCGGAGGUGAUUGAGAAAUCAGUGAGAGACAUAGAACACUGGCACGGCAGGAAGACGGAUGACCUGGGUAGGACGGUGGCACCAGAAAAAUGCAAUGAACAUGAACUUGCAGAAGGCAUUGGAUGAGAAAGAAAAGAGCAAAAACAAGAACUCGAAGUAGAAGAUUAAACCGAGAAGCGGUGCCCUCCGCUCAGAGAAAGGGCCAACAAUAAACACACACAUCGGCACCUUUGCCUCUGCUUGGCUUUCUUCCGGGUGGGGGUGG